AUGUUCAAUCGUUUAAACAAGUUUCAAGCUGCCGUAGCUUUGGCCCUUUACUCCCAAAGUGCGUUGGGUCAAUCCUUUGGCAACAGCUCUUCCACUAUCACCUCUGCCUCUACCGCAAGUGCUUCCGCUACCGUCUCACUUUCUUCUAGUGACGGUACUGUUUAUUUGCCAUCUACUACAAUUUCUGGUGACCUUACAGUUACUGGUAAAGUGAUUGCAACAGAAGCAGUCGAAGUUGCAGCUGGUGGUAAACUGACCUUGCUUGAUGGUGAAAAGUACUCCUUCACAUCUGAUCUAAAGGUUGAUGGUGAAUUGAUCGUAGCAAAGUCUGAGGCUACUUACGAAGGUACCGCUUUCGACGUCUCAGGUGCAACUUUCGAAGUUUCUGGUAACUUCAGUGCCGAAGAAUCUGCUGCUACUUCUGCAUCCAUCUACUCCUUCACUCCUGGCUCUUUCGAUAGCACCGGUGACAUUUCUCUAAGCCUAUCAAAGGCUAAGAAGGGUGAAGUCACUUUCUCUCCAUACUCCAACGCUGGUGUUUUCUCUUUAUCAAACGCUAUUCUAAACGGUGGUUCCGUCUCAGGUCUGCAACGUAGAGACGACGACGAAGGAUCAAAGAACAAYGGUGAAAUAAAUCUAGACAACGGAAGUACUUACGUGAUUGUUGAACCUGUCUCUGGAAAUGGUACAGUUAACAUUAUCUCYGGUAACCUUUACUUGCACUACCCAGACACUUUCACCGGUCAAACUGUCAACUUUAAGGGAGAAGGUGUUCUAGCCGUUGACCCAACCGAAACCAACACCACCCCUAUUCCUGUYGUCGGCUACACUGGUAAGAACCAAAUUGCCAUUACCCAAGACGUCAGCGUCUCCUACAACAGCGAAACCGGUGUUUUAACUGCAACCAAGGGUAACGUCCAAUUCUCUUUCGCUAUCGGUACCGGCUUCUCCAGUUCUGGCUUCAGUGUCUCCGAAGGUCUCUUCGCAGAAGCUUAUGCUUACUUCCUAAACUACGAUGGUGUUAUCGCUUCUACCGGUGCUACAUCAUCUGUUUCUGCCACAUCCACCACCCCAUCAUCCUCCGCCUCUGGUUCAGCCACUUCAGCUAGUGUCUCCACCUCUGGUAAAUUCAACUCCACUUCUGUCUCUGACUCAGUUACCUACUCUGGUGCUUCAUCCACUGCCUCCGGUUCAGUUACCUACUCUGGUGCUUCAUCCACUGCUUCUGGUUCAGUUACCUACUCUGGUGCAUCAUCCGUUGCCUCCGGCUCGGUUACCUACUCUGCUCCAUCUUCAGAAACCGCAUCCGUCUACACCGAAACACUAACUUACGCAAAUGCCACAAGCACUGUCGUAGUUUCCUGUUCAAAGACAACUGACUCUAACGGCAAUAUCUACACUAUUACCAAAACCGUUCCAUGUUCUUCCACCACCAUCGCCACCAUCACUUCUUGUGAUGACAAUGGAUGCCAUGUUGUUCCAGCACCAACCUCCACUGGUGUCACUGCAACCACUGUUUCUUCAAAGUCUUACACUACCAUCACUGUCACUCACUGUGAUGACAACGGCUGCAAUGUUAAGACCGUCACUUCUGARGCUCCUAAGGAAACUUCAGUCACCACUGCCACUACCAUUGCUCCAAAAUCAUACACAACUGCCACUGUCACCCACUGUAACGACAACGGCUGUACCGUCAAGACUGUCACUUCUGAGGCUCCAAAAGCCACUACAGUAGUUACCAAGUCUGGCUCUCCAAUUUCUCCAGCUACAACUUCUCAAACCCACACUGGUAUCAUCGUUCAAUCUGAAGGUAUUGCUGCAGGCUUGAGAACCAAUGCUUUGAGCGCUUUGGUUGGUGCUUUUAUUUUUGCCUUUUUUUAA